AUGGUAGGGUUGGGGGCUCUAACUGAGGGAAAAACUUCCUAUACACGUGAAAGUGUAACAUUUCUACUACGAAAAAAAGAAAAUGUUCAUGAGUCACCUGAUAUAUUGUAUGUUGUUCAAGCUGCAAGUGGCACACUGUCCAUUCCACAGGGUGUGCAUCAAAAGAAUGAAGGUGUGGAAGUGGCAUCUGGCCUCUGGUGUUCUGUGCUUCAGUCAUUAUUGCCCGCUGGAUUUGUAAACAACUUACUUCUGACAAUUGGAAAACAGAAAAGUCAGGUAUUAACUAUUCUAUACAUUUGUACACAUGAACUGAACAAAAAUGUGCACGACGUGAAUGCGAAACUAGUACCAGUGUUCGUUCUGAGCAGAGUACUUCAUACAGAAGUACGCUGGCUUUCAAAAGUAAAUAUGCUAGGAAGAUUAUUUGAACUUCGAGACGAAGUGAUGCAGUUUUUGGAAAAUAACAAACAAACUGAAUUGUAUGUGGAAUUUAGAAAGCCCGGUGUUCAUGUUGCAUUGGCUUAUCUGUCAGAUAUUAUUGAAUCUUUAAACACAUUCAAUUUGAAAUUACAAGGUGGAGAGUCAAACAUAAUUUUUCAUUGGGAUGCCAUCAAAGCAUUUACUGAUAAGUUAUUGUUUGGGAUUCUGGAAGAAGCCCGAUUUCAAAACGAUUUUAAGGAUACUGAUACUAAGAGUAAAAUAUCAAACCAUUUGCAGCACCUCACUGAUAAAUUCGAACGAUACUUCCCUAACAGUUGUGAUGAUAAAAUUUAUUAUAGUUUAGCGACGGAUCCAUUUCACGUUGACGUGGAUGUGUUGGCAGACAGACUACAAGAGGAAGUCUUAGAAAUUAAAAAUGAUUCUGCAGCGAAGUAUGACUUUCAGAAGAUGGAUAAGCCUUUAUUUUGGGUGAAAUAUCUCAUGGUGUAUCCCAGCAGAGCAGAACAAGCACUGAAACUGUACUUACCAUUUUCAAGCACUUAUUUGUGCGAAAGAGCAUUUUCAGCAGUAGUGGCGAUAAAAAAUAAGCUUAGAAGCAAACUCGGUAUUGCCAAUGAUUUACGUUGUGCAGUUUCUACUAUUCAGCCAAGAAUUCAAAAUCUUUUAAAAAAUAUGCAAGCUUAUCCUUCACAUUGA